ACAGAAACUUCCAAAAAGAUGAAUUUUUUCGGUGGAAUAAAGUCCGUUUUAGGCAGCCCAGCGGCUGGAAAUCAGCCUUCUCCUCACGAAACGGUCGAAAGACUCUGCGAUAGAGUGUCGUCUUCAACGUUACUUGAAGAUAGGAGAGAUGCUGUAAGAGCUUUAAAAUCCCUCUCAAAGAAAUUCAGGCUGGAAGUUGGAACACAGUCGAUGGAGAUACUGAUAGGUGUCCUACAGACUGAAAGAAACGACACAGAAAUAGUUGGUAUGGCAUUGGAGACUCUCUGUAACAUCAUGUCCACAGAUCCUGAGAUGCAAGAUGGACAAACACCAAAUAAAAAUGGACCAACACAGUCUGACUCAGACGUUGGCCUUCAGUUCACAGAAAUCUUCAUUAAAAAUUCAGAUAAUGUAACUCUGCUGUUAGGAAUACUAGAGGAAUAUGAUUUUCAUGUGCGAUGGCCAACAGUCAAACUUCUUACCAUGCUUCUCACAAACAAGCCGAACCUUCUCCAACAGUGCAUUCUCAUCAGUCCCAUGGGUGUAUCUAGACUAAUGGACCUUCUGUCAGACAGUAGAGAGAUUAUAAGAAAUGAGGGUCUUUUGCUGCUGAUUCAGCUCACAAGAUCAAAUGCUGCCAUUCAGAAAAUUGUUGCAUUUGAGAAUGCUUUUGACAGACUAUUAGAAAUCAUAGCAGAAGAGGGCUACAGCGAUGGAGGUAUCGUCGUUGAAGACUGCCUUCAUUUGAUGAAUAAUCUUCUGAAAGAUAAUGUUUCUAACCAGAAUUUCUUUAGAGAAGGAAGCUUUAUUCAGAGGUUUACUCCCUUUUUGAAAUGUCGGCCUUACCGCAGUGAUAGUGAAACUGGUUGGUCAGAGCAAAAAGUAUCUAAUGUCCAGCAUAUGCUUAAGGUCGUAAGGAUUCUGGUUUCACCUGAUAAUCCUCAGCAGGCGACUACUAGCGCACAGAAAAUAAUGAAUCAAUCAGGAUUACUAAAGCUGCUGUGUGGUAUCUUGAUGGCUAGUGGAAUUCCAGCUGAUAUUCUUACAGAGACAAUCAAUGCCGUAUCUGAAGUCAUUAGAGGGUUCCCUGCAAAUCAAGAUUACUUCUCUCAAGUCAAUGCUCCAUCAGAUCCACCAAGGCCUGCCAUUGUUGUUCUCUUGAUGUCCAUGAUAAAUGAAAAACAGCCGUUCAGCUUGAGAUGUGCUGUACUCUACUGUUUUCAAUGCUAUUUGUACAAGAACGAAGAAGGUCAAAGCCAAAUUGUAUCAACACUUCUCCCGUCCUCUGCAGAUGUUGCAGCUUCAGUAUCAGCGGGGCAGUUGUUAUGCGCUGGGCUGUUUAGUCCCAACCCUGUAUCUAACUGGUGUGCUGCAGUGGCAUUGUCUCACUGUCUAAAGGGCAACCCAACACAGAAAGAACAGCUCUUGAGAGUACAAUUAGCUACUAGUCUAGGGAAUCCACCGGUUUCACUUCUUCAACAGUGUACAAACAUUCUUGCACAGGGAGGUGUUAUCCAAACUAGAGUAGGCCUGCUGGUGUUGCUGUGUUCCUGGCUGUCUAACUGUCCUAUAGCUGUUGCUCAUUUCCUACAUAAUUCAGCCAACGUGCCAUACCUGAUGGCACAAGUGGAAUCCCAUGGAGAGGAAAGAGAGAGGCUUGUGGGAUACCUGUGUGGGCUUCUGUUGGGACUCUGUUUGGCUUUUAAUGAUGACUCUGUUGACAAAUUUAAAAAAGAUGAUCUUAGAUUGUUAAUAAACAAGAGAAUAGGAUUAGAUAAUCUAUUGGAGAAGAUUGGUUAUAUAUCUAAAUCUGAAUACUUUACUGCUGCUGUCAAAUCACCAGAGGUACUGUCUGUCUUAAUAAAUGUUAAUUUAUUAAUCAAUGAAUCACUUUCAACAGCUGCUGUCACUAAAGCUGUUGAGGAGACAACAGAAGCUCAACAGACGACAAACCAGAAGAACGACAGUAUAGAAAACCAUGAUUCCAUAGUACAGUCCUACAAAGAGUUGAUCAGAGAACAGGAUGAAGAACUUGGUAAAAUGAAAUCAAGAUAUGCAGACUUGGAAUCRACAUACAACCAGGCUAAUACCCAACUUCAAAUCCAAGCACAGGAAAUUGUACAACUUCGUAGUCAAUUAUCUCUUAUGCAAUCUUACCAUCAACACCAACAAGAACAAGCUGAAUUAAAUGGCAGCUUUGUACCUGCAGAAAGUCCCGAUUUAUUAAACCUGCGAAUUCAAAUGAGUGAAUUGCAACUAAAUAAGCAGGAAUUAGAAACCAAGUUGAAAGAAAAAGAAGAAAAACUACAAAGAUUAGAAAAAGAUUUGGAGGUUUCUCAAGCUCAAUACGCCGUAGCAACAGCUACAGCAGAGCUGGCAGACUCGUGUGAUUCUACUGAAGUCGCAGCUGGAUUGACGAGAAAUCAGUUGGAAGAUUUGGCCGGAUUGAGACGAACUGUGAGCUCAUUAGAACAAGAAAUAAACAGUUUGAGAACAGAGAACGCAUCUUUACGCAGAGAAUUGGAAUCAUUUAAAAUUCUCAAAGAUCUUGGUCAAGACGUCAGUGCUGAUGAGGAUGAAGAAGACGAGGAUGAGGAAAAUGAUGACGAUGAUGAUGAUGACGAUGAUGAUGAUGAUGAUGACGAAGAGGACCAAGAUGAAGAGAAUGAAAAUGAAGACAGACAUGACCAAGUUGAUGAUGACACCGAAGAGCAAGUAACGCAGGAGAUCGCGGGAAUCCCACACGAGGCUCCUGAGAAUGGAUUACAAGAGGAAGAACCCGCUCAUCCUACAGAGGAAGAAGGCCACGAGCUCGAGAAACCAUCUGAAGAAACUCAGCACCCUGUUGAAGAGCAUUCCCCAAAGGACCCCUCGAGUUACCCCGCGUUAUAUGAACAAGGCCAAACAGAGCCAGCGGUUUACCAUGCAUUCAAUGCGCAAGGCCAAACUGAGUCAGCGGUUUCCCAUGCAUUCCAUGCGCAAGGCCAAACUGAGUCAUCGGGUUACCUAGACCAAGGACAUAUGGAGUUAUCGGGUUACCCCGACUACCAAGAACAAGACCAGACGGAGUUAUACGCUCACCAAGAGCAAGCCGGUCCAGUGGAACCACAGGGUUACUACGCAUUGCAGGAGCAAGGCCGUUCAGAGUCAUUUGGUUACCCAGGCUUCCCUGCCCAGCCCUACGGUUAUGACGCAUUCCAGGAAACCCACUAUAGACAAGAUCACGACAAUGGCUACUCCUUAGAUGAACAUGCGCAUGCGCAACAACAAGCACCGGUCCCAUACGCGGUAGAAGAACAAACAGAUUCAAAACCAAAACCCAUUCCUUUCUUUAAUUUUCCUACGCAACAGAAUACGAACACAAAUCAGCAAAAUAAUUUUUCGUAUUUUUCUCAGAGCGAGGACAUCAAGGAAGAUGCUGGGUUGAUAGAUAAUGGAGAAUUCGACUCUCUAACGUAAAUUAUAGAUUUUUCAUAUAUUAUUGAAAUAAUUUGAAUUCAGUGAAAGAAAAGAUUGAGGAGAUAUGUCAUAGACAAAUUUUUCAGAUGAAAUUUUGCAUUUAUAGACGCAUACAGUCAAUUCAAAAAAACGUUGUCGUCAACCAUCUCAAGCCUACGCGACUGAACCGAAAGGAACUCUGGGUAGCAAUUAUUGAAGCCGAGUUGACUCCAUGAUUUUAUCUGA